CGGUGCGGACGCUGGUUUUAAAUUGUUACGGAAAACUUAGUAUGUUAGUUGUUUGACGCUUUGGAUACACUUUAUAACAUAUGUACAUAUGUAUGUUCAUACAGACAACCAAACUAACAUACAUAAAAAGAGUGCAAGCAUAAAUGGUAUUUAUUUUCAUAACAAACUUUUAGUGUUUCAGACACUGGCAGGGGAAAUUGAUUUACUGCCGAUAACCUUAAGAAAUGCACGAAAAAUUAUUAAAAAUUAAAACAAAAUACAAAGGAUCUAGUAAAAAAUAAAUAAAUUAAAAAGUUCAACAAAAUGUCAAUAAAGGAGAACCUGAAGCCCAAUAUAAUCUGGCAAGUGGUGUCGUGAUAUCAUUGAGCAGUACGGAUUCUAGCACUGGAUCUAGCGAAGAUGCUUCUGAACCGGGUUCUCCGUUCAGUCAACACUCAACAAUAGGCGACGAACAGCAAAGCAAUUCGCCCGCCAAGGCCAUUAAUAGCGUAUCUGAAAGUCAAAGAAACAUGCCACCACAAACAACAAUAUUGGCCGCGGCGAAUAACAACGCCAACAACGGACACGCGACAAAUGGAAGUUCCAGUGCUUCUACUAGUGGCACAAAUGUUAAUGCACUCACUGUCACAGGAACAAAUAGCAAUAACAGCAACAACACUGCCAAAUUAAAACAAAUACAACAGCAACAAAAUAAAAGUAAUAACACUGCCAACGGACGCAAUGUCCUACCUACUCUUCAAUGGCCCUGGAAUAAUGCGUCAAAUAAUAGUACAAUUCUACCAACCAACUUAUCGGGGUCUACACAGCCUAAUAAGAAACGCAGUGCCGUUAGCGUGACAUCAUCUGAUAAUAGCUCAGGCAAAAAAGCACGGAACACAGCUACUGAUAGCGCGGCAAGUGGUUCCAACGCCGGUGCAGCCUCCAGUGCAAAUGGAGUUAGCGCUGCAAAAAGGCUGAAAGCGGCUGCACUGGAAGAAUCACAGACGAAAAUUACAGGUUACUUUAAGUCACAAAUGAAGUCUCAAAACCAUCAAAACAAUCUAGCUAAGCGCAAUAUGGAAUCGGUGCUAAUCGCGGCAUGCAGUUCGUCGGGCGGGGGUAUGAGCACUACUUCACUAACAAUGAGUGCGCCUGCUACCACCGCCUCUCUUAAUAAAUAUUUCAACAUAUUAGCGCAGUUGAAGGAGAAUAGUACCCUCAAUAGUACCCGCAACAGUAACUGUAACGGCAGCGGCACUAUAACUAAGCCAACGCUAGUUUCAUCAGCAACAUCAAUAAAUAGUAGCAUUAUUGCAGCUUCACCACCGGCGUCAACAUCCUUAGCCCAAACAACAUCCACGUCUUCAUCUGCUAAAGGCGGUGUGGUCACACUUGCACCUGCAACUGCAUUGCCGACGAUGCCGGUGCCUGCUUUGAAAAAGAUUGAACGCAGUAAACCCACCAAAAUCGCACAAGUGGCUCCUAAUUUACGAAAAACUCCCUCCGCUUCGGGAAACCAUGGCAGCGGCACCGGUAAAUCACCAGCUAAGAAGCACGUUGCCAUUGCGCCACGCACGCCUGAAAUGAAACAACAACAAAUGCAACAACAAGCCGCUGCGAAACAGGCAGCUUCAACGGGCGCUACGCAGCAGCAAGCUACCACGCAGGUGACGACAAAUCAACCAGCAGUACUUCUUACUGCCAUACGUCUACCUACGACAAGUACACCUACGGCAGCGACGUCCACACAACUGAAACAAGCAGUAAGUCCUCCGAAAUUGGCCCCUGUCGCAACAGCCACUGCUACCACAACAACAGCUGCGCCCGCCGCAGCCCAGGCGCUCUAUCAACUGCCUGCAGUGCAAUUACCGAAUCUAGUCCAAUUGCCUCAGCUAUUAACUGCCACAAAUGGUGCAAAUAUAAUGCAGCUAAACAACUUGGCCACAGCAGCUAAAAAUGCCAACCCAGCAGCGUCUGCGGCUGCGACAUCAGCACAAGCGGCGCAGGCAGCAGCCGCACAAUACUUCCUCAAUGGUACGGUCUUCAAGCUCCAGCAGUUCACCACUGCAACAACCACAACGGCAACUUCGGCGGUUGCUGCUGCAACUGCCGCCGCCACUGCAAAUCCUUUCAACUUGAUGACUGCCGCAGACCUUCAAGAGAUACUCAUUAAGCAGCAGCAGUUACAACAGCAGCAACAGCAGUUGCAAUUACAACAACAACAGAAAGCAGCAGUUGUUGCUGCUGCUGCUGCGGCCACGGCACAGGCCACAAACACAAGUUUCCAAGAGAUCUUCCAGCAACAAAUCGCUGCAGCCAUUGCCGCGAAUCAACAGCAGCAACAACAACAGCAACAGCAGCAAUUUCAACAAUUACAACGAUUGGGCGCUGCAGCUGCGCAACCGGUAUUCAUGGCCACCCCAGCUGGCCUGAUAUUAAACGCGGCCUCACUACCGGCUAUGCUGGCACAAGCUGCAGCGGCAUUGGCCGUAAACAACAGUCAACAACAGAAGCAAGUGCAAAUACAACAACCACAGCAGUUGCCCGCACUUCAACCGAUACAGCCAAGUGCGCUUCCCGCUCUAAGUUCAAUAUUUGCUGGUGCCGGACAGCAGCAGGCCCAAGCCGCUCAUGAGCAGCAUACCGACUUCCAUCAACAGCAGCAACAACUUCUAGCAUUUUUGCAGCAACAACACCAGCAGCAACAGCCGCAGUUUAUAACAGCAACUCAACCCCCACCCUUGUCCGCUGUAAAUGUUACUUCGUCGCCAUCGUCUACGGCAACAUUAACGACACUGCCAGUUAAUGCGACCACUACCGUUGCUGCAGCAAACAGCGCAAACACUGCCAAACUGGCAAUCGUUAAAGCAACUACUGCCUCUUCAGUUCCACAACAAUUUACAACUCUCAAUUCGCAACCGCCGCCGCUGGUGACGAUUUCUCAUGGAAAAACGCGCACCACGGCAAUAGCGCCAGCAACUACCGCCAAUGUUCCUGGCAAUACACAAACCAGUAAGCCAGCUGCCCAUACCAAACCGUAUCAGAAGCGAAUGCCAAAGGUAGCGCCAGCUCCGGUACCAGUAGCGCCCGCGCCAUGCAAAACGACGCUGACGAGUACAAAGGCGAAAAUCUCUGGUGGUUGUAAAAUCAUUGCUACUCCAACAACGCCGCCACCCUUGGUACCAGCGUUAAGUAGCAGCACUGGUGGUUGUGGCACCAUGACGUCAUCGCCUACCACUCGCACUGCGAUGACAAAGCAGUUGCAACCCGUUGCUGGAUUGCCUACGCCGGCGCUCAUAAGCAUUGCACCUGCUCCGGCUAUGAACACCACAAAAACCACUGCGCCGAGCACAACUAAUGCGGCAGUGAUACCGAGUGCCAUGAAAUUGCCAACCUUGCCGCCACUCGCUCCCAAAUUAAUCACGGCAUCUUCAGCAGUAGCAACAACAGCAGUCUCGUUCACUCCUCCAACAACGAAAACAAUCGUCGCUAGCACAACCGUUACUUCAACCACCACCAUACCUUCAACCCCUGAUCUCUUCGACAUGGUUAAAAAUUCGAAUGGCACAGUCUCAAUCUCUGUGCCCGUUACAGGCAGCAACAGCAAAAACAUCAGUAGCAAUAAUACAUUGAAUAAGUGCUCUUCGCUAUUGCCCUCGUUUUGCAACUCACCAAUGUCAUCAUAUUCAUCCGCGUCCUCACCUUCCCUUUGCUCCACUUCGAAUACCACAUCGAUCGAUAGUUUCUGCCCGAAAAUUAAAGAGGAGCCAUUGGACGAAGCUGUCGCUUUCUCCUCUGCCAAUACUUCCGAUAGUGGAAUUAAAUUGGAAAGCUUUAAGGCCUCGUCGCAUACUCAAAUGCUACCAGCAGAUAUUAAGGUUGAACUAAUGGAGGACACUACUAAAAUGUAUCCCUCAACAACCAGUGGCACAUCGACCAGCAUAGCCAACAGCAUAACGCAUGCAAAUGAAUGUUCAUCGUAUUCGUUUAGCUCCCACUCGAAUUCCGUAUCUUCGGCAGCUGAUCUUUCGCUGGAAGCAUCUACCCCACCGUCGCUCUCCUCCCUAUCUGCCUCCUGUUCCUCUGCACCCUCACCAUCGCCAUCGUCACCGCGCAACUCUCCGCCGCCAUUGCCGCCACAGCCGUGUGAAUCGAAUUCGGCAUCCCUUGGCUCAGAAUCAUCAGCAUCAUGUGUUACCGCGGCUACAGGAAGGGAUAUGCUUAGUGAAUUGGUGACAUCUUCAUGCAUAUCUUCCAAUCUAACUUCAGAUAUGUCGAAUUCGGCUGAUGGCACAACGGCAAAUGAUAAAUCGCUUACAGCCGGACUCGAAGAUGUAGAAAAAGAUGACAAUGGGGAUGAAGAAAUAAGUGAAAAGCGCGAUUUGCCUACACCAGAGUCAGGAAUUGGAGGAAGUUUGACGGCUAGUGAAAGCAGCGAAUCCAUCGUUAGUUCUAUCUCCAAUAAUAGCAGUAAAGCGGAAAUUAUUGCCAACAUCAUCAAUUCGAUCGACUCGAAUUCGCCACCACCCACCCCGCUGUCUACCAUGAGCGCAGGCAGCGCUGAUAGUGCCAGUCAUAGUAUUGGUUGCUUGCGUUCCGCCUCCAGCGAUAACAACUCUAUUAACAGCAGUGUACCAUCACCGGUCUCGCCAGCCCCAAUUUUCGGCGCUGAUAUAAGUAGUGGCGUCUGCUCAUCAGAUGCAACUACAAGUUCUACCUCCAACAUCGACGUGCCCAUUGCUCUUAGUUUACCGAAUGGCAUCGAUAUCAGCAAUUCCAACAGCUGCACGAGUAGCAGUCUCAGCAGCAGCAGCAGCGCCGGCGAACAUCAGUCAACGUCCAGCGGCAGCAACAGUAACAGCUUCACCUCUACACCUACCCUCAUCGACACUAAACUCGCUGAAUCUACCAGUGAUUCGCUGCCUAAGUGCGCCAUCUCGCCAAUACUUUCUCAGCCAAAAACCAUACGUUUCCCUGCUGAAACGGGCGGUUUUCGCUAUGGUCCGAAAGGUGCUAAACGUCAUGAUGGCGUCUGUUACUGGCAUAAAUGCAAUAAGAAGCAUGAUAGCUGUUCAAAAUUGUUGGAUCAUAUGCAGACACAUCAUGUCAAUACACAAACUGGUCCUUUCUCAUGCCUAUGGGUCGGUUGUAAGGUUUAUAACAAGGAGUCGUGUUCGCGCCGCUGGUUGGAACGCCAUGUGCUAUCGCAUGGCGGUUCGAAGCAAUUUAAGUGCAUUGUCGAAGGUUGUGGGCUGCGUUUUGGAUCGCAGCUGGCUCUGCAAAAACACGUAAAUAAUCACUUUACGGCCACUGAAAAUAAGGAGAGCUCAAACAAGCGUACCUCAGAUCCGCCAGUGCCCAAGCAGCUGCGGAAGAAUGGAAAAAAAUUGCGCUAUCGGCGUCAACCGUUUUCAGCGCGAAUGUUCGACUUUUUUGAUGCCGGUAUAAUGGAAGGUCUACAGCAUCGUUUGCGUCAAAUAAGCGUGCUCUCCGAUGGCUGCAAUAUGAUAACGUUCCAGGGCCAAUGCAUGAUGCGACGCAAAACGUUGCAAGGUACCUACGAAAGUUUCAUUCGUUGGACGCCGCAUGAAAUCAUUUCCGAUGAGUGGGUGCCAUCAUGUGAUGGACCUUACACCAAGACAGUUAACAUAAAGCGCAUGCGCCCAGCGGAGAAGAUCAAGGUUGAGAGUUUACUUAUGACUGCUUACAAAAUGCCGUAUUCAACAAAUCUGUUCGACGAUGACAAUGAUGAGGAAGAAGGGGAAGCUUCCGAUGACAGCGAUGAAGACGAUGGAAAUAAUGGCGAAGAUGAAGCAGAAGUGGCUACUUUAGUAGAAACGGUGCGAAGCUCGCAACAGCAAAGUGUAAUUGCGAUAUCCCGCACGCAAAUACAGCAGCGCCGCAAACAUCCGCGUAAACCGAUGAAACGUGUACACAUAGAAAAGCCAUUAAGCGUAUAAAUAUUGAACAAAGUAAUAGAUAACGCGUUACACCGGCAGAAUGAUCUCCAAUAAAAUUAUGCAAAGGUGAAGGUUUAUCCUCGUGUGCUAGCAGAAGUUGGCGCAAACUAAAUAGGUGGUUAAUUUGAAAAAAAAAAAACAUGCACGGACAAAAUCCAUUUCGAUGAGUCUGCGCGCCAGCUAAGCAUUAACACUGCACUUCAACAAAGUUAUGUAUAUGUACAUAUAAGUUUUUAGUAUUUUUUGUUAUAAAUAAGUAGAUGCAAAUUGUAACGGCAUUGUUCAGAGAGUUAUAUUUUUUAAUUAUUUUUUAUUACCAUUUUUAAUGUUUUAAUCUAGUAAUAAUAUUUAGCAGUUACAAAUAGACAAUUGGCCUGCACUUUAAAUUGGUUUUGUAACCAAUAACAAAAAAAAAACAAUUUUAUACGCGAUAGUCGCAUAACAUGAAAAAGUAUAUUAUGAGUUCACUGCGUAAUUAUUAAUUUCAUUUAAUUUAGUAAAUUUUUAGUUUCAAAUUAGCGUAACUAUUUUAACAUAAAUAUCUGCCUAUUAAUUGCAAUUGCCAGCCCUUAAUUGUGAACUGUAAGUGGCUUAAAGUUUUAAAGCCUGUGAAAAUUGUAUUAGUUCAUAAAUUAGGUGUUACAAGUGGUGACAAAUAUGCUCCACGACAACAGUAAAACAAAACUGUAAUUUUUGUGAAUAUUCAUUUUUUUUUGCGGUGAUCGUAUAUCUAGUGAAGUAAAAAAAAAAUCCUUUAUACUAAUUCAAAGCAUAAUCGAAUAUUCAUUGACAUCCUCCGCUUACAGUCGCCAUCGCGAAGCACAUUAUAUAAUACAACCUUAUCAUAAAACGCGCCAACCAGCCCACCCGUUAAAAAAGUUGCAAGUUGCGAAAAUAAUGGACAAAUUAAAUCUUUGUGUUUGUGUAAAUAUAUACAUGUAAGAUAUUUUUUUGUUAAAAUUUAUAGUUUUAACAGAUUUUUUCUACAUAUAAAUCAGCCAUUUAAUUGUGCAGAAUUUAAUGCUAACAAACUUCAUGCCAGAAGACUUUUAAUUGAUAAAUGUAUCUUAAGUAUUUUGUAUGGCAAGUACAAAUCGCAUACAGAGAAGUGUGUACAUUUUAGGCUUUGAAACAAAAAGUACGCAUAUGUGCCGUAGUUAAUAGCGUAGAUUAACAAGUGUCAGCAAUGCUAAGCUAUUAAAAUCAUACAUUUACUUACACAAAACACAAAAAAUAAAAAACAAAAAAAUAAACAGUGACUGGUAGAGAACAGAAGUAUGUGUUUAAAUAAUAAGCAUGUAGUUAUUGCAAUCGGUUAGUUAUAAUUUUUAUAAAAUUGUUUUCGCGUACCUACAAACGCAAUUAGAUAUAAAUUUUGUAAAUACAUAAAAAAGAACGAAAAUAGAAGUUUCCAGCACUGCGCAGAGCAGGCGAUUGGGAGCUCAAAACUUUUGUAAAUCUUAAAGACUCCUGAUAGCCUGUUUAAUCACUAUAUUAAAUAAAUUUUUAUUUGUAAAACAAAGUAAAAUACGAAAACAAAUGUAUAAUUUAAGGUUUGUAAAGUAAAAAUAAAAUGUGUGUGUAUGCUCAUGAACGUCAGCAACUCAGCAAGUAAAUCAUUUAGUCAAAAUCACAAAGUAAAACCGAGAUCAUUAGAUGUUAAGUUUAGUGUGUUUAGUACGUUUUUUUUUUGGAUAUUUUUUUAUCUUUGCCACACACAGCCACAUUUGAACGUACGUUUGCCAAUUAACAUAUAGAACUUUUUUUUAAACUUAAUAUAGCUAUGUAUAUGACAUGCGUAUUUCAGCGCCGCAACGCUUCUUUCAAGAAUUAGUCGUUAGUUGAAAAAUUAUAAAAUAUUUAAUUUUUAGUUUUGUUUGUAAAUGUAAAAUAGCAACUUUAUUUUUUCUGCACGCGCACACUUAUUUUAGUUGUGCAAAUAAAGAUAAAUAAUUUU